AUGGUUUCCAAUUCUAGUCAUAUUGUCACAGAUCUCUUUCCAGUAAUCAGAGUCUAUAAAGAUGGCAAAGUAGAGAGACUUUUUGGCUCACAAUAUGUUCCACCAUCACCAGAAGAUCCCAUCACAGGUGUUUCCUCCAAAGACAUCACAAUCUCACCAGAAGUCUCAGCUAGGCUAUACCUCCCAAAGAUCACUGAUCCCAACCAAAGGCUCCCAAUUUUAGUGUACAUCCAUGGCGGAGGCUUUUGCAUUGAAUCGGCCUUCUCCUUUGACCAUCAACGUCAUAUAAACCUCCUAGUCUCCCAAGCCAAAGUAGUAGCUGUUUCAGUCGAAUAUAGACUUGCCCCAGAACACCCUUUGCCUGCAGCAUAUGAAGACUGUUGGGCUGCCCUUCAAUGGGUGGCUUCUCACAUUGACAAUUCGAGCAUGGAAAGAGAACCAUGGCUAGUUAGCCAUGGAAACUUCAAUAAACUCUAUGUAGGAGGGGAUAGUGCUGGUGCAAAUAUAGUGCACAAUGUUGUUUUGAGAGCUGGUGCUGAAAGCUUAUAUGGGGAUGUCAAGAUCCUGGGUGCAUUUCUUACUCAGCCAUAUUUUUGGAGCUCAAAUUUAGCGUCUAAGGGUUGUGGCAAUCCCAGGGUGGAGACUUUGGCAACUGAGAUAUGGAUGUUUGCUUAUCCAUCUGCUCAAAGAGGAAUUGAUAAUCCAAUGAUAAACCCUUUGGCUGAUGGUGCACCUAGUUUGGCUAGACUAGGAUGUUCAAGGUUGUUGGUCAAUGUGGCUGAGAAAGACAUUCUUAGAAAUGGCGGAAUUCUUUAUGUAGAUGCUGUGAAGGAAAGUGGAUGGAAAGGUGAAAUAGAACUGUUGGAAGUGGAAGGAAAGGACCAUUCCUUUCAUAUUUUCAAUCCAGAGGAUAAGGAGGCAAAAAUUCAGAUGCAGGUUCUGGCUUCUUUUCUCAUGUAUUGAAUAUUUUGCUCUCACUCUUUAUUUUUUUCCUGUUAUAAUUCGAACUGCGUAAUGAUUCUUGGGCCAAUUCUUGAAUUUGCACUUGGUUUUUUGAGCUUCUAGUUUG